AUGUUUCAGCGCGCAGUAGAAGUCUCUCCAAUAAUUCAAAGUUUGUUACAAAAACAUCGUAUGGUGCGUCCAGUUGCUCCAUAUGACAUGCAGGCAAUGAUUUGGAAUUGUAAUAAGAAGUUUACCAAUCUUCGGAUUGAAGUAAAAAUGCAAACUUGUCAAGCAAUAAAAGUGUUACAUGAAAAGUUGGCUAAUCAUCCAAGGAAACGUCGAAAUUUCUCGAAAGAAGUGGUACAAAUAUUGAAUGACUACUACCUUGAACAUAUUUCAGACCCGUAUCCAUCUGAUAAUGAUAAAAAUGAAUUGGCUAGGAAAACGGGUAUAACUGUUUCACAAGUAAAUAAUUGGUUUGGAAACAAGAGAAUUCGUUAUCGAGCACAGAAAAGGAAGGGAAAACCAGAAGAAACAAAUGAACAAGAAAAAGUUUAA